AUGCACGAAUUCAACCUGCAGGACGAGAUACAUGCGCUGCAGAAUGAUCCUUAUGUCAUUCCGAACGAGGUCGACCCUUCCGAUGGGAAUGUGGGCAGGGCGUUGGAGAAGGCAGUGGAGGCCGUCGCAGAAAACAUCGAGAAUGUAGGAGAUGAGGAGACGUGGGAUUCGUUGAGGAGCUUUUUGAAACAUUCGGAGCACUUGAACGGCGCGCAGCUUUCAAAACUCUUGGAUUCUAUCUCUUCCGGCCUGCAAUCAACAAUCGACCAACUCUCCCACGUCAUUGAAGGUGAAGAUCCCUCAUCAUUCCUUCCAUUCAAGCCUACGUUAGAACGGUUUGCGUUUUUACUUCAGUGGUUCGUGACUGUGGCAGAACGGGCUGCAGCUACGGCACCAGGGGAUGCAGCGAGCCUGGCGAAACCAAAGGGUCGGGGUGCGGCGAAGAAGAAGGCGGAUGGCAAGAAGCGCGGAGAGUGGAGUUGGGACACUCAGAUUGCACCGACAUUGACGUUGAUGGCGAAGACACUGAAGCUGAGGACACACAGGUUGUGGAGCACCAGCGCCGAGCGGGACGCGUUUGUCAAUUGUUUCACACGCCCUGCAUACCAAAUCGCACAAAGUGAGACCUACAUGAAAAAUCAAGAUAUUCGCCUGGCCGUCUACAAAGUCAUAUGCUUGGCGGUUAAGCAACACGCGCAGGGCUUCAGUGCGCAGACAAGCAUCAUGCAAAACCUACAAUACUUCGAGCAUCUAUCCGAGCCGAUGGCGGAAGUGCUCGCGGUCUUGGCAAAAGACUUCGAUCACGCUCAACUUUCCGAAGAGAUCCUACGGGAAAUCGCGGCAAAGAGCUUCAGCGCCCAAGAUACGAAAGGUCCCCGCAGCUUUGGCCGUUUCCUUACUCGCAUCACCGAGUUACUGCCACGGAUCGUUCUGAAGCAGAUCUCGCUUCUGCUGACUCACCUCGACAGCGAAUCUUACCCCAUGCGCAUGUCGAUCAUCGAGAUCCUCGGGACGCUGAUAAAGGAGUUAUCAUUAUCCGAGGAAGGCGAGCAGGACGCGCGCGAAAAACAGAUCGAGAAACUGUUCGAGCUUCUCAAUGAGCGAUUUAUGGAUCUGAACAGUUGGGUACGGGCCAAGGUCAUCACAACCCUGACAAAGUUAUGCGAUCUACCGACAAAGUUCCCAAAGCAACGGCAACAGAUUACAGAACUCACUAUCGCUGCUUUGGAAGAUAAAUCCAGCAGUGUACGACGAUAUGCUAUUGCCCUCAUCACACGGCUUAUCCUUACACACCCAUUCGGCCUAUUGCACGGAGGGCCUCUCAACCUUGCCGCAUGGGAAGACAGGUACAAGAAAGUCAAGGAUGAGCUUGAUGCCCUGGAGAAGAAGAUGGGUGUUUUAGAAGGUCAGCGGGACGUUGGUGAGGAUGAGGUCGAGGAGGACAAGGCAGAAGGAGAGCGAGAAGACGAUGAUGCGGAUGAGAACGAAGUCGAGGAAGACGCCGGAGAGGACGAUGAAGAGAGGGAAAUGGACGAGGUCGAGCCUACUCCUAAGAAGCCGAAAAGAUCGAAGAAGUCUAAGGCCCGAGCUCCCCGCCAGUCGGAGCCUCUCAAUCUCGCUGCUGUCUCUGAAGAACAGGCUCUGGCAGCCAUGGAUGGUAGCAUGAUGAUCAAGCUCCGCCUCACCAAGCGUUACUAUGCCGAUGCCCUGCGCUUCAUCCGGAUUAUCGAACAUUCGAUGGAUCUCCUGAGUACUCUUCUUGUGUCAACCAACAAGGCGGAGGUUUUGGAAGCGAUGGAGUUCUUCAGGGUUGCGCACGAGUACGAGUUCGUCUCUGCUCAGAUCGGUAUCAAGAAGAUGGUACAUUUGAUCUGGACGAAAGAUAAUAAUGUUGUCAGUGAAGAUGGGAAAGAGCUUAAGGGCAUUCGUGCACGCCUCCUUGAGGUUUACCGAAACCUAUACUUCGAUGCCCCUCCUGAUCAGGAUUCCAAGCACGUUGUCAACAGAAUUGCGAAGAAUCUCAUCGAGUUGACUUACUCUGCCACCUUGGCCGAACUGACAUCACUGGAAGAACUUUUGCGGACGAUGAUGGACGACGGUCAGAUCCAAAUGGACAUCGUUCAAAAGCUUUGGGACGUGUAUGGCACGGAACGUGAAAUUCCACGCCAACAACGACGAGGGGCGAUUAUGAUUCUUGGGAUGUUGGCUGUGGCAAAGCGAGAAGUUGUCACGGAGAGGGUCGAAACCCUCCUCAGGAUCGGACUGGGAUCGUUCGGCAAAGCAGAUCUUAACCUCGCACGAUUCUCUUGCAUUGCACUACAGCGCGUCAGCGGCAGCGCCAAGAAGGUCAAAGGGUCUCUCGUGGACAAGACGAUGCGCUUACCUAUGGAUAAUGCUAUCUUCCGGAAGCUGGAGGAGGCGAUCGAGUGGCCUUGCGCGUCAGCAGCAUGGUUUGGGAUGGCGGAGCAAGCCAUAAACACCAUCUAUCUGCUGGGAGAGCAGCCAGACACUCUUUGUCAAGAGAUGGUGAAGAGCUUGACACGAAAAGCCUUUGCCCCCCUCCCAGAAGAUCGCAGCCCCAGACCGCAAAAGGAGGUGCCCACACAGCCCGGUGUACCGCCCACACCUGGUUUCAAUCUACUUGACGACAACGAAGUGACGGCCACUUCGAUUGCAAUGAACACCCCUGGUUCAACAACCAGCAAUGAUAUUGGCGAUGCCUUCGCGUUGAGUCAACUCGUCUUUGUGGUCGGGCAUGUGGCGAUCAAGCAUAUUGUUUACCUUGAGCUUGUUGAGCGUGAGCUGAAGCGACGGAAAGAUGAAGCAGCCAAGGACAAAAAGGCCAAAACGAAGGGGUCGGCGAAAGAGGGCGAAGAACUGGAGCAAGUCGCUGGAAAUGCUGAGGACGACAUUGGUGACAUUGUCAGCGGUGUUCGUGAACGGGAGUUGCUAUACGGCCCGGCGUCGCUUCUCGCGUUGUACGGCCCAAUGUUGAAAGAGAUAUGCGGCACACCUCGCGUGUACAAGAAUGUUUACUUGCGACGAGCUGCAACCAUCGCCCUGAGCAAGUUCAUGUGCGUUAGCUCAUUAUACUGCGAGGACAACCUGCUGUUGCUCUUCAAAAUCAUGGAGACGUCCCGUGACCCAACGAUGAGAAGCAACAUCGUGAUCGCUCUCGGGGAUGUUGCCAUCUCCUUCAGCAAUAUGAUUGACGAGAAUAGCAAUCGCCUAUACGAUGGCUUGGCUGAUCAGGACCUGACUGUGAAGAAGAACACACUGAUGGUUCUGACUCAUUUGAUCUUGAACGGGAUGAUCAAGGUUAAAGGCCAGCUCGGCGAAAUGGCGAAGUGCUUGGAAGAUGAGGAAACGAGGAUUGCAGAUCUUGCCAAGCUGUUCUUCAGCGAGCUUGCCUCUAAGGAUAACGCUGUGUAUAAUAACCUGCCCGACGUGAUCAGCCACCUCUCCACGGGUGAACACGCUGUCGACGAGGAGACGUUCCAGCGGACGAUGAAGUAUAUUUUCAGCUUCAUCGAGAAAGAGAAGCAAGCAGAGAACAUCGUGGAGAAACUAUGCCAGAGAUUCCGGCUUGCAAAGGACGAGCGGCAGUGGCGAGAUAUCGCCUUCUGCAUGUCGAUGCUGCCGUUCAAGUCGGAGAGAAGUAUGAAGAAACUUAUCGAAGGGCUACCGUUCUAUCAAGACAAGUUACAUGAGGAGACGGUAUUCAAGCGCUUUAACGAGAUAUUGUCCAAGGCCCGGAGCAACAAACAAGCGACCAAGCCUGAUACGGAGCUCAAAGAGUUCGAGCAGAUCCUGCUGGACUUCAAGGCAAAGGGCGAAGAGGACCACCAGUUCCAGGAGCAGGUCGGACAUCACGCGGAGAAGGUCAAGAAGAGGGCAGUAAAACGAGAACACCCAGCUAAUGAAUCUUUGGUUUCCGUCAAUCCGUGGUUAUCUCGCGCAUCAGCAAGUGGCGCAUGA